CUCUCUCCCUCCCCUCCCCCCCCCCCCCUCUCCCUCUCUCUCUCUCUCCCUCUCUCCCUCUCUCCCUCUCUCUCUCUCUCUCAGCUGUGUUUGUUGUCUGUGUUUUUGGCUCCACACUUUCCGGAGCGGAGGGAAACGUGUCUCAGGAGAUUCAACUGUUCACAUUAAAACACCCAGAACCUACUGGACUCCGGCUGUUUGAUCGCAGUGAAUCAGGCUCAGAGGGGUUCAUACUGACGAACACACCGACACAAAGUGGUUCACCUUCAGGUCAGGAACUGAAAAUAUCUGCAGAGAUGAAGGAGAAACAAACAACAUAUUCCCCAUUUUCUAUCAGGAUUUAAUCUUUGAUCAUGAUGAUCGGACGGACCGAGGAGACACAUGGAGGACACGAGGAGACACAUGGAGGACAGGAGGAGACACACAUAGGACACGAGGAGACACAUGGAGGACAGGAGGAGACACAUGGAGGACACAAGGAGACACAUUUAGGACAGGAUGAGACACACGGAGGACACAAGGAGACACAUGGAGGACACAAGGAGACGGGACGGAGAGCUGGACCUUCAUUCACCACUCUGAGCACCAUCGCCGUCCAGGCCGGCCAAUCACUGAUCGUCGUCUCUGUCCUCAAGAGUGGGUCUCUGGUCCACCUCCAGCUGGUUCAGGUCCAUCCAGGUCUCUGUGAGAUCGGAUCAAACCAGGAAGAAAACCAGAUCCUGAUCCAGGAGCAGCAGCAGCUGCUGGUGAAACUGAAGAAACAUGAGAGGGAGGUGCUGUCUGUGGUAGAGAGGACGGAGCGGAGGAAACAGAGGAGGAGCAGAAAACAGGAGGAGGAUGUGCACAGAGCCAUGACGGGCUCUCUGAAGGAGGGAUGGUCGCUGCUUCUCCGCCUGCUGGAGAGACGACAGGAAGUGCUAACACUGACUUCUGAAUUUUACUGCCGAGCGAUGGAGUUUGCUGCUAUUAUCAACAGACUGGAAGAUCUACAGAUCAGCACAGACGAGGACAGACUGAGAGAAGUGCAGCUCACAUACGAGUCCACGAGGAGAGAUCUUCUGGGUAAAUCCCUGCAGGUUAUAACGAGCAGCAACUCUCUGCUAAAGAAACUAAGACAUCUGCAGAGGACUGAGGCCCUCCAAAGGAGAGGAGGAGUACUGCAUGAGGAGGAGGAAGAGGAGGAGGUGAAAGCUUUUGAGCGCAGCCGGGGGGCGGUGUUGAGACUGGAGGAGCUGGUGGAGACGCUGCAGGACCGGAGAAGGAGGGCAGACCAGGACACCAUGCAGCAGCUUCAACAGGCGGAGAAGUUGAUUAUGAUCCAUGAGGAAGAACGAGAGAGGAGCAGAGAGGCAACUUUUGAAGAUUGGAGACUGACAGUUGACGAGAUCCUGGACCAGAACCAGCAGUCUGAACCAAAAUCAAGUGGGGGUCCAGAUCUGAGGACAGAAUCCAGAACCAAAGAAACCAUAGACCUGAAAUCCGUACCCCCAUCAGAGGAAGAGUCAGGAGUCUGUAGACCAGAUUUAACCAGAGACCAGGAGCCUGGAUCUAGAUCAGACCUGCAGUCUGGCUCCAGGUCAGGUCUGCCUAACGAACUUGGAUCAGAGGAAACCAGAGUUCUUAAACCUGUAUCCAAAACAGGAGCUACCACACCACCCCCAAACAGGUCUAGAUCAGACCUGCUGUUAGAGUUCAGAUCAGAGGAGACCAAAACCUCCAAACCAGGAGUCGGAUCUGACCUGAAGCAAGGUUCCAGAUUACAUCUGAAACCAGAGCAGACCAAAGACUUGCUUUCCAUAUCCACAUCAGCACAAAAAUCUGGAUUAGAGUCUGAUCUGCGGACUGGAUUAAAGUUAAAACCUAAAUCUGGACCAGAGGAAUCUAGAAACCCACCACCUUGUUUCAAACUAAACCUGAAGGCUGGACCUGCAUCAGACCAGAUAUCGGGAUCAGGAUCAAACCUGCAACCAGAAACCAGAUUAGAUGUAAAACCUCCAUCCACAUUGGAGUCAACCAAAGACUUGGAGCCUGGAUCCAGAUUAAAGGAGAUCAAAACCCUGAAGUUUGGGAUCAGAUUAAACCUGAACUCUGGAUCUAGAUCAGACCUCCAAUCUAGUCCUAAACAAGAGGACACCAGAGACCUGGAGCUAAAGACUCCAGACCUAAACUAUGAAUCCAGAUCAGAUCUAAAGCCAGCAUCUGUUCUAUUCACACAUACCAGAGACCUAGUACCUGGAUUAAAAGUGAACUUGAAGACUCAAUCCAGAUCAGAUUCUAAAUCAGAGGCCACAGAUGUGGAUUCUUUAGUCUGGUCAGAGAAAACCAAAAACUUUGAGACUAGAUUCCAACCUGAUGGAAAGCCUGAAUCCAAAUCACAUCUUAAACCAGGACCUAGCUCAAAGGAAACCAAGGACCAACAAGACCUGACCACAGAGAGUCAGUCCGAAUCCAGUUUAGUUCUGAAGUCUGGAUCCAAACCUGAGGAGACCAAAGACCUCCCACCUAGAUCAGGAUCAGACCUGCAGUCAGAGUUCAGAUCUCAGGAGACCAGAAACAUUGAUUUAGAACCUAGACAAGAAGGUCAGCUGGGAUCUAGAUCAGGUCAGGAGCCUGGACAUGGUCGAAAGGAGACCAGGAACCUGCAGCAUGGAUCCAGAUCGGAGGAGACCGAAGACCUUCAAUCAGAAACUGGACAAGAGGCUGAAGAUGUUCAUUUAUCUGAACUGAAUCUGAAACUGAAGGAAACCCAACAGAAACGAGCGGCGACUACUGUCAGCAGGCGAGAUGCAAGGCAAGAGAGCAUGCUGGGAAAGGAGACUGAAAUUGCAGAAGACCACGCCCACAUAGCGAUCCUGACCAAUCAGAGACAGCAGCUGCUGUCAUCAUGUGAACACCUCUUGGACAAGGUCUGGAGCUGGCUGCAGCAGGGCAGCAGUGUUCUGUCAGACAGCAGUGAAGUCGGACAGCGGCUCUGUGAGGCUGAACACACCCUGAACAAACACCUGCAGCUGCAUGCACAGGCUGAGUCUGCAGGUCAUGAUGCAGGGAACAUGAAGCAGAUCCUGGAUCAGAUCAAAGCUCUGCACACACAUUCAACCAGCAGAACCAGUCCCCGGCCUCGCUGUGAACCCAGUGGACACCCGUCCCCUCUGAAGGUGAUGACGGAGCAGCUGAAGACAGGCAGCGCAGGAAGAGCCAACACAACUCAGCCGGGUCUACCUGCUGACCUGACUCCUUCUUUCAGUCCUGAACUUACUGAUCGAGUUCAUCAGGUCUUGAAGGAGCUGCAGAGUUUAGACAGAAAGAUCGACUCAAACCUGCAGCUGCUUCGACCGUACGUCUCUUUCCUCAGGACAGCACAGCAGGUGGAGGAGGAGAUGGAGAUCUACAGAAGCAGCCCGGAGGAAGAGAAGAAGCAGAAGAGGCCUGAUAGCUGUAACAUCACGAUAAGUAACACAUCCAGCUCAGCAGUGAAGAAGAAGCAGGCCGACGCCUCCUGGCAGGAAACGCUACAGAGGGUUCUCAUGUGUCAGGAACUGGGAAACAACUUGGUCAACUCUGUUUCCAAGGUGUCAGGGGUCGUGUUAAACGUAAAGGUAGUGGUGUCGGAGGUUCAGCAGACUAUGGAGCGACUCAGCAAAACCAAACAGGAAGUGAACAAACUGCUGACUCAGCAGCAAAAUGACACCAUGCUACAGCAGGAGUACUGCAGGAAACAUCAGGAGAGAUUCCUCAAGACUCUGCAGGACUUAAAGUGUGUCUCUGAGCUGCUGGACUCCUGCACUCAGAUGGAUCUGGGCUCAGACCUGCAGACCUCCAGGCUGCUGGAGCACUUCACACAGGCCGGACCACAUUUUAAGCAACUGGACGCUGAGGUGGAGUUCACGUUGAAGAGCUGGGAGACUCUUAGACAAGUCAGGCCGGAGGUGACGGAGUUGGGAGGACCGUCAGUAAGGGAGGAGGAUCUAUCAGAGCUGCUGAAGCUUCAUGAGAGGGUGAAGAACAAGAUCCGUUACAGUGAGACCAUCCUGGACCUGACCAGGAGCUUCCACCUCAAGUCCAAACAGUUGGACGUGCUGCUCCAGUCUGACCCUGAGAGCUCAUUCACUGGUUUUAGUGGUUUAUGUGGAUCCAUCGAGGCUGAGAUGAGUCUGCAGAGACAGAAACAGCAGCAGAUCCAGAAUCUGUUGACAAAUGUCUCAACACUGAAGACGGACAUCUGCACAGAUGUCAACCAGAAAGGUGGUUUCAGGGUGGAGCAGCUGGAGGCUCGUCUUCUCUCUCUGGACUCUCUCUGCGUCUCCUCGCUGAAUGAAGCCAGACAAUGUGAGCAGAACCAGCUGCUGACCCGCCAGCUCAACAAUGACAUCAUCCAGCUUCGAGACUCCUUCAAAGAGCUGAAGAAGCGUUUCAGUAACCUGAAGUUUAACUACAUGAAGAGAAACGACCGGACCAGGAACACGAAGGCCGCCAGGAACCAGUUGCAGCAGGUGGAGAUGUACGAGGAGAAGUUACAAGUGCUCAGAAAACGUCUGCAGGGUGUGACAGCACGGCUGGGGACGGAGGUCAAAGAUGGGGGCGUGGCUCGGGAGGCUGAGGACGCCAUCAACGAGUUGCAGCGACAGAUGGGAGAGUUUGAACGAGGUGUCAGCGAACACCAGAAGACACUAGAGAUGACCUGCAAACUGCAGCAAGCCAUGGAGGAGUAUCAGUUCUGGUGCGAGGAGGCGAGCGCGACCAUCGCUCGCGUCAGGACAUUUUCGUCCGAGUGUCGCAGCACGGAAGCUGUCACCGUUCUCUACCAACAGUUUGAGAAGUUUGUGUGGCCAACUGUUCCUCAACAGGAAGAGAGGAUCAGUCAGAUCAGCGAGCUGGCUGUCAGACUGCACGGGGCGGAGGAGGGGCAGCGGUACAUCGAGAAGACGGUCAGCAAACACUCAGAGAUGGUGGCAUCCAUCAGAGAGCUGAGUGAUGGACUGUUGGAGCUGGAAGCCAAACUGAAGAAGGAGAACAAACAACAGGAGGAGGAGGAGGCAGAGAAAGAGAAAAAGGAAGAGGACGAGAGGAGAGACAGUAUGACGGAAGAGAAGGAUGUAGAGAAAGAGAAGAAGGGAAACAGGAAGUUAAAAAAGAAGGAACAGAGGAAUAAUCGCAGCACUCAGGAGAUGGCUGAAAUGUACGAGCUGAAGGAGACAGGCCACACCCCUGAGCUGACGGCAGAGCAUGAUGGGAAGGAGGUUCCCUUGAAGAGGCAGACAGCGGCCAAUAGGAAGCCUCCGUUGCAGAAGAGUCAGAGUCAGGAGGCAGAAACACAGACGGUCAUUUCGGAGAACAGCCGACAGCACACCUCCUCCUCCUUCUGCUCCACUCACACCUUGAGCCUCUCCUGCUCCCCUGUGUUGGCCAACCGAAGAAUCUACACCAUCCACAGCCAAUCACAGCCUGGCGAGACUGAGACCACGUCCCCUCUCCCUCUGAUUGGCCCGUCAUUCUCCGACAUCCAGAGGGCGUUCCAGAGGAAAGAGACAGCAGAACUGAGACAGCAGAAUGCAUCAGCAAGAGGUCUGUCAGAGACGGAGCUCCAGCAACAGGAAGUGAUGAUUGAGGAUUACCUCUCCAAUGACGAAUACGAGUGUGCAUCACCUGAUGAUAUCUCCCUACCACCGCUGGCAGAGACCCCAGAGUCCAUCAUGGUUCAAUCUGACGUCGAGGAGGGUGUUUGUUUCAGUUCCCACAGCGUCCACAUCAACCAGUACAGCCACCAGUACCAUGCCCAGUCAGAACAAAUUGGGAGUAGUUCUGCUUGUGGUGCAGUUCAACAGAGAGGGCCUAGUUGCCGAACUCCUCCCUCCAACCCUCACAGCAGCACCAGGCUUCGAUCGGAGUCAGGGUUGCUUGUCCAGAGUGUGUUGACAGUUCCUGCUUCAAGCCCACUCACCAGCACUUUGUGCAGCAUCCUGAUUACUAAGGAGAACAGCAUAGCCAACGUACCCCAGAGUGCUGACCACCCCCUGGGCGCCCAUGAACCAAGUUUACUCUCUGGAUCUAAUCCAGUCCAAAACAGCAGCACUGCAGACACUUGUUCUGACACAGACAAUAAAGUCCCUGAGAUAAAUAUACCUUUACAAAUUGGGCCCCAAAUAAAUAAACAUAAAAUUGAAUUUAAUCAACCUCAGACAACCACAGGUACCCAGGGUAAGAUCACUCCAAAUAUUGGUUCCAAAGGUGAGACCUCGCUCAAGACAGAUCCCUUUCCCCAGACAGCUGUGCUCAGUCACGGCCCAAUCAGCCCCCUGUUACGUUUUUAUCCUCUGCAUUCUAAUGAACUAAAUCCUGAUCUCCAAAGGGACAAGACCCUUCCACAAGACACUAGGAUCCUAAAAUCCUGCACUACUUUUUCUCAAAAGAAAACUUCCAUCUGUCAAGAAAAAAGUUUUACACAUUCUUUCCCUGCCUCUGGGAUGGGCCUCCAUCAGGAUACAGCUUCCUCCCAAACGGAGAAGGAAGCAUAUCCAGUCUCCACACCAAAAAGGACACUGGAGAGUAAAAACAGCACCAGUAUCAACACCAUUUACAGCCAAUCAUCCACUUCAAACAGUACUAGUACCUCGACAACGGCUUGCAGCAGCCCCAGGUCAUCCAAAGAAAGACCAGAGAGUAAGACGCUGUCCAAGACUGAGCCCGUCCUCAGCUGUUCAUAUUCUGCUCUUUAUAAAGACAGCAACCUUCCAGGUGACAUCAAAUCCAGUGAAACCUGUGUCCACACAAGUACGACGCUUUCAAGGGACAGCAAUCGUCCACAGUCUUCCCCUGAUUCAAGGAGUAACAUUGAUCAAGAUGUUCUUUACUCCCAGUCUAGCAAGGAGACAUCCUCACUAUCCAUGCCCCUAAGCCGCAGCCCGAUCACAAGUACUCCAGUUAUCCAACAAACCUUUCACAGUCAGUCCUUCCCUCAAGGCAGUUAUUGCAAUAUCCCUGAGGUCCAUGACGCAAUUAUUCCACAGCCAAAUUGUGUUAGCAACAUCAGUACAUCCCUCAGCACCAUCACCAGUACUAAUAGAUUCAGCAGCGAGCAGAGCCACAAGGCAGUCCACUCCAUCUGCGGGUCUACCUGUACCCAGCAGUGUGUGCAUGGCCCUGGCAUGACGCCCGGCAGCCCUGCCGAACCUGCAGCUCCUUCUCAGCCCAAAGCACACACCCUAGCUUUGGCACAGCAGGCUAAUCCGCAUGCUACCCCACUGUCCUUUCCACCUCAUCUACUAACUCCAGACCAAGACCCAAACAUUUGCCAGCCCAUGGCCAUCCGUGAGGAGAUCAAGCUAACUCCUCAGAUCCAAGGGCCUCCCCUUCCUGCUCCUCAUCCUCUCCCCGAGUCCCUGGCCGAGUCUCUUCCCCAGGGAAAAGCCUCUAAACCUGGCCCACCCUGCUUUACCAGGCCCCUGUCUAGAGCCACCGUUAUGGAGGGCUCUCCAGUGACGCUAGAGGUGGAGGUGUCGGGACACCCAGAGCCCGCACUCACCUGGUCUAAAGAACAAGAGUCGUCAGGCACUGGCCCAGGCCGAGCGCUCGCCUUGGAGGACGGGGAACAUUUCCAAUAUAUCCCAGAGGCAUCAUACUCAGAAGAGGAGUCGUACGAGGCCCACGCUGCCAAACAUCUUGAGUCCGAGCAGUCAGCUGGAAUCAGCAGCAGCUGUGACAAGUGGCUGGUGACAGAAGUGUUUGAAAUCAUGAGUGUGGACUGGCACACCUGGUUUGGUACGCUGUGUGUUCUGUUGUGGCUGCUCUACCUGAUACUCCUCUGAUUACUCUUUUCCAUUAAAGGAACUUAAAACCUGGAACUAAACUUUAACCUUUAAUGCCCUGUCAAGGUGUGUUCAGACCAAAAUUAAACUUAGAGAAAUUACUGAAAAACUCAUGAAAGUCUGAGAACUGAGAUUCUCCUGAAGUUAAAAAACAAGCAUUUUAAAGUUUUCCGCUUGUCAUCUUGCAGACAGAUCUGACAAAUCAUGAAUUCAUACGUUUUAGAUAUCAGAAUCAUGGUGUUAUUUCACCAUCUUCUCAGCCUCAAUUAUAUCUCGGACCGCCCUCCUAGAGGACCACAUGUGUACCUUGGGAGCGCACUAACCAAUAGGCUACUGGCAUUUCAGUCAUACAGAUUUCAGCCGACAUUUAAUUGGACCCGUAAGUGAAUUUGUUACUCUGUGGAGACGGAUGGAUAGAAGCUGAAACAGCUGAAACAGAACACCAUCAGAGAAAUCCUGGUUCUGAUCCUAGCUAACAGGUCUUCAGAAUGGGACCUGGUACUGAUCCUAGCUAACAGGUCAUCAAACUGAGACCUGGUACUGAUCCUAGCUAACAGGUCUUCAGAAUGGAACCUGGUACUGAUCCUAGCUAACAGGUCAUCAAACUGAGACCUGGUACUGAUGCUAGCUAACAGGUCAUCAAACUGGGACCUGGUACUGAUCCUAGAUAACCGGUCAUCAAACUGGGACCUGGUCCUGAUCCUAGCUAACAGGUCAUCAGACUGGGACCUGGUACUG